AUGCUCAAUCGGGUGAUGUCGAUGCAGCGGGAAAGUCGUCGCCUGCAAAUCCAACCCCAUAAUGGACCAGCUGAUUCAACGGUUCACAGAAAGGACUCAACCUGCACAGAAGACCAUUGUUCCCAAGGUGGUGAACCACAAUGCCCUGGGCCACAUCUUCCAGAGGAUAUCUGGUGUCAUAUAUUCUCCCUACUGCCAAUGCAAGAUGCUGCUCGAACUGCCUGCGUGUCUCAUGCAUUUAAACGUUCUUGGAGAUGCUAUCCAAACCUUGCUUUCAACGCGAAAGCACUGGGCAUGGAUGAAAGAUCAUGUGGAGAGGAUGAAAUAGUAAGAAAUUUCACCAGCAGAGUUGACAACAUUUUGAAAAAUCACUCAUGCAUUGCCAUCAAAACACUCGAGAUUGUUUUCCGUUAUUACGAUGACAAGGUAUGUAACCUUGAUGGCUGGCUUCAGACUGCUAUUACACCAGGGAUUGAAGAACUCACUGUUCAGCUAUCUACAAAGUCACGAAAGCAUUAUAACUUUCCGUGGUCACUUUUGGCUAAUGAGAAUGGAAAAUUGAUUCAGUAUCUAAAGCUUUCUUGUUGUGCUUUCUCUCCCACUGUCGGGCUGUGCUUGAAAAGUUUGUCAAGACUUGAGCUAUUUGAUGUUAAUAUUACGAGGGAUCAGAUGGGGUCCCUUCUUCACAAUUUUUUUGCUUUGCAACGGAUGCAACUCAAGAAUUGCAAUAACAUAACUUGCUUAAAGAUGCCAUUUCAUCUGCAACAGCUCAAAUACCUGGAAGUGCUUCACUGCAGCAGCCUGAAGGUUAUAGAGAUAGAAGCUCCAAACUUAUCUAAUUUUCAAUUUAUGGGUCUCUGCCAAGUACAACUAUCACUUGGAGUAGCAUUGCAAUUCAAGAAGUUUGACAUGUCCUUCCCCGGUGUUGUCAGUUAUGCAUGCACUAAUCUUUUGUCCAACUUGCAAUAUGUUGAAGCUCUUUCUCUAUGUUCACGUCAUGAGAUAAUUGAUACACCAGUGUUACCUAGCAAAUUCUUACAUCUCAAGCACUUGAGUGUUGAUCUUAAUGCAAUGACAUUUCCGCCGACCUACGACUAUUGUUCUCUAAUAUCCCUUUUUGAUGCUUCUCCUUCCUUGGAGACCCUUGUCCUGAAUGUGUUGCAGAGAAAGAUGUUGCACGAAUCAAUCGUCGGAGAUACAUCAAAUUUGAGGCAGAUACCAGGACACCGCCAUGAUAGGCUUAAGACAGUGAAGAUCAUUGGUUUCUCCUCUGCGAAGAGCGUAGUAGAGCUAACAUGCCAUAUCAUUGAGAAUACAGCGUCACUUCAAUGCCUUACAUUGGACACCACAACAGGACAUCCUUGGCAUAGCUGUUUGACCAACUAUAGUGGAAAGUGCUUGCAUUUGCGCGUAGAUUUUCUGGUGGAAGUUGGUAAAGGGCUCUUGGCUAUCAAGACAUACGUUGAGCCAAAAGUUCCCUCAAGAGUCAAGCUAAAUGUUGUGGAGCCUUGUCGCCGAUGCCAUGAUCUUGAACCGCUGUCAUGA